AUGGCCUCUACCGCAUCCCAACAAACUCUUUCUUUCCCCCGCGAAACUUUUGCGAAACUCUCUCCCCAUCCAUAUCUCCUCGCACAUCUCCAUCCAGCCUCCUCGUCCGCGACUUCUCCCUCCCCCUCCACACGCGCAAACGGCAGAACACCAACCCAGUUCCGCGCGCCACACAUCAACACCGGUUCUCUCACACACGCGGAAGGCAGCGCCGUGGUACGGAUAGGCGAUACGACGGUAGUAUGCGGGAUCCGCGGCGAAAUCUUACUUGCGAGCAAUGUUGCUGGAUAUCGGGUGGACCAGUCGGCGACGGCGCCCUCGUCGAGUCCUGGCUACAAUGAGGCAAAAGAGCUAGAUUUGCUGGUUCCCAAUAUCGAAUUAGCGACUGGCUGCUCACCUGCUUUCUUGCCAGGCCAAUCGCCCAGUGUAUCGGCGCAGAGUCUGACCACGAGGAUAUACUCAUUGUUACAUUCCAGUGCGUUGGUGAACGGGGAUGAUUUGCGGAUUUGGUAUCAGCCGCCAGACCUUAGCGAUCAGGAUAAGAUGGUAGAAGACGAUGACGAUGAAGCUCCAGAACCGGAGGUCAAGGCAUUUUGGACGCUCUAUAUCGACAUACUCUUCAUUUCCCUGGACGGAAAUCCCUUCGAUGCUGCUUGGGCGGCUGUAGUGGCAGCGCUCAGGGAUGUCCGCUUACCAAAAGCAUAUUGGGACCCCGAUCGCGAGAUGAUACUGUGCGAUGAUUCGGUGGCGCAAUCGAAGAAGCUACAGUUGACGGGACUGCCUAUAGCGGUGACUGCCGUUGUGUUCAGGGCCAAGGAGUACACGCAGUCCAACGAUAAGAGAUACUGGAUUCUGGUUGACCCCGACACGUUCGAGGAGGAUUUAUGUGACGAGUGUGUUACUGUUGUAGUGGACUGUGGAAAUGGGAAGACGAGAAUGUUGGGCAUCUCGAAGGCUGGAGGGACUAUCGUGGGAAAAGACGAAAUAAAAGAUAUUGUGAGCCUGGCAGAGAGGCGGUUUGUUGAGAUCAGGGAUAUACUACAACGGUGA